GGAGAUCAGGUAUAUAUCUCCCAUCCCUGGCUCCCCUUCCGCCCUUGCCCUCUCUUGAUCUCUUACACGGCUCUGCUUCUUUCUUUGUUUCGUUCUGUCACGCUACACCACCCAUCUUCUACCGCGCCCGAGCUUCCAUUCCUCAGCCUAGAAGCUCUCUUGUCAGUUUCCCUCACGGACUCUCGAUUUCUCCUUAAUCUUAGCCAGGAGCCGGUCUCAAGGGUGGAUGACCUUGGAGACACAAAUAGAACAAGACUCUUGGCCGCAAGCCUCACUUUGGCUCUCUCAGCCGCCUUUUUUUUUUCUCAUGUCCCGGAUUCUGCUGGUCAUCAUUCAUCCUCUCGCCUACCUUCACUGUACGCCGCCCAUCCAUACGCGACCUUGAGUAACAAACGAACCCCAAGUCGAUACCUGCCAUCUGCCACACUUUUCCGCCUUAGCUGCAGCAGUGCGGUCUGAACAUCUAUUACUCAGCCUGGCAGGAUGAUCAUCUGCAUUGAUCCAGCCGCCGAGUACACUUUGGACAUAUCAGGCCCUUGUGUUUAAAAGCGUCCAGUCCCUCUCUCGCUCAACCGCUAUCAUUUGCUAUUGUUAUCUCAGUCACUGCUUCCCAUCUUGCCCCCCUCCCGUCACCAUCAGCCGAGCACUUUUGCCUCAGGCUCUCUGCGGUCUGCAGUUUGCGGUCUGCCGUGGCAGCUGGGUGGCCAAGCAGGAGCGCCAGGGCAUCUCCUGCCGUGCUCUCGCUUGGAUUUUUUUUUCCAUUGUUUGGUUGAUUCUGGCGAUCGAUCCAAUCCUGGAAAUACCGACCCUUUACUCUCUCUCUUUCACCUUCCUUUUCAUUGUCUCUGCCACUCAAGACGGCAGUCUCAGGAACAGGAACAAGGAACUGAAUUUCCAUCUAUUCGACGUCGGAGCCGACACAACUCGCAUGAUCAAACCAUCCACACCCAUAGCCAUACAUCUUCACCAUGAUUGCCGUCCGCCAACUACAACAGUCCAGGUCUGCCACGCUUCUCGAGUUGUACUAACAACUACCUACCUAUCCAUUCCAACAAGGCGCCAAUAUCAACAGCCUUGCACUUCAGCGCGUCGUCGACCAGUGACUGGAACAGAGACGAGCGAAAGAGAAACACACACAGCUUGGCGACAAACGACGGAACGCAUCCGAACCAGGCAGGUCUGAAAACCUUGAAAACCUAUUUUACACUACCACGGCGAGCUACGUAACAGCGGAACGUGUUUGGGGUACCUUUCGCGGCGUGCCUUUGCCUCUGGCUCCACUCUGUCACGCAGCACCAGGGCCCGCACACCCACCCAGGCUACAGUCCACUUCACUUCCUGGCCGGGCUCCAUCAGGUCCCGUCGGGUCCAUUCACCUCACCCUCUAUCUCCACCAAUCAGUCAUUCGCCGGACCAGUACGCAGUACUUAAUGCUGCAGUACUGUAGCGAGCCCACUCGAGUUGGCACCGUACACCACCCACUGCACAACCAGAACCUACUCGAAGUGGAAGAGGGUAAAAAAAAAAAAAACCAAAAAAAACACUAAGGGCACACAUUGCGCAACACCCACUCGUUGUUGCCCGCACUGCGACUGGCUCCUCCACAGUCCCAUCAUCCAUCCACUGGCGCGCAGCCCGCACCGAGCGCACGGCACUCGCUCUCGAUUUCUCCGCUCCGCUCAACCUGGAUUCGGCCUCUUGAUUUUUUUUUUCUCACUUUUCGGCCUCGCCAGGUGUGCCAGCCCUAUCGCGGCUUUUAUAAAGGAGAUUGAGUCCUUCUCGCAAUCCAGACAGAGGUUCAUCGCCUCGACAAUACCCUGCCGUUUUGAAGGCCUAAAGGGUCCAAGUCCGGGCUUCUGCCCACUCAUUCAAGGCGCGCAAGCCGCCACCCUCGCUGUUCCCUGCAUAAGCGCAGUGGACGACCCUCCCCCCAGACGACGAAACCCCAACAAGCCUACCUACCUACUCGUUAACCUGACCCAAGACUUUCGACCCUACCUCAUCCCGCGCUCGCCCGUGUCGCUUGGUGCACCGCUUGCCCAGCGACUGACGACUGCCACCAUCGACCUCGCUUGACCGCCGUACAGCGCUAUAUUCCUUCGGCUACAGUUCCGGCAGUCGGAGCAACAGCUACAAGCAGCGACCAGCCGCCGCCCCGCGCAAAAACAGACAACCACAAGAGCACUGGCCCUCCCCCCCCCCAAUCACACCCACCGAGCGACCCGGAACCCGUCCCCCUCGGAAAUCUGCAACCAUGGCGAGCAGCACCUCAGACGCCAAGUCUGCGUCUUCGCAGCGCACUUCACCUUCACAGACGUCGUCCAUCAAGUCCUUCGACCUUUCCUCGAGAUCCCCGCAUCUUGCUGCCCAGAACGGCCACCCCGUCCCGACCAGCUCUGCCGAGCAAUUGCCCAAGCCUUCGGAAAAGGCUUCGGUCAAGGACCGCUUGACUCGCAUGUUCUCGACAAAAGACCCCGGUCGCGUUGCUGCUGCAGCAGAUGCAGCUACCUCGAGAAACACCACCCCGGGUAACCGCAGCACAGCUCCAUCCCCGCCGCCGUCGGCGGGCUCGAAGCCGGUCCCUCAGCGCAAGAUGUCCAUCACCGAUGCCAAGGCCAAGACGAACGGCAAUGCGCCGCCUUCACGCUUCGUCCUUAUCCCCGAGGCCCAAGGCGGUCACGAGCACCACCUGAAGUCCAGUCGCCGCCAGGAGAAGCUAACCGAUAUGAUCAAGGGCUUUCUCGGCAGGAAGAUUGAACAGCCAGCCCCCGAAAACGACCUGUCUUUGGUUUCCAGCUGGGUCGACACUCUCAAGCAAGAAAAGGAUGGUCUUGCCACGGCAGAGAAGAAGGGCGUAAGCACUGCGCCUACCACUCUCGUCGAAAAGUACGGCAAAUGCCAGGAGAUCAUUGGCCGUGGAGCCUUUGGUAUCGUGAGGAUCUCGCACAAGAAACUGGAGAAUGGUCUCGGAGAGAAGCUUUUUGCCGUCAAGGAAUUCCGCCGCAGGCCCGAGGAAACGGAAAAGAAGUAUAGCAAACGCUUGACUGCCGAGUUCUGCAUCUCCUCUUCCCUCAGACAUCCCAACGUGAUUCACACCCUUGACCUUAUUAAGGACGCCAAGGGGGAUUUUUGCGAGGUGAUGGAAUUCUGUGCUGGAGGCGAUCUUUACACGCUUGUCCUUGCCGCCGGAAAACUCGAGGUUCAGGAGGCGGACUGCUUCUUCAAGCAAAUGAUGCGUGGUGUCGAGUACAUGCACGAGAUGGGUGUUGCUCACCGUGACCUGAAGCCCGAGAACCUCCUCCUCACCACCCACGGUGCCCUCAAGAUCACCGACUUUGGCAAUGGCGAAUGCUUUCGUAUGGCUUGGGAGAACGACGCGCAUAUGGUUUCCGGUCUGUGUGGCUCUGCCCCGUACAUUGCACCCGAGGAAUAUAUCGACAAAGAGUUCGAUGCUCGCGCUGUCGAUGUGUGGGCUUGCGGCGUCAUUUACAUGGCCAUGAGGACUGGUCGCCAUUUGUGGAGGGUGGCUAAGAAGGACGACGACGAGUUCUACGCUAGGUACCUAGAAGGUCGUCGGGACGAGGAGGGCUACCAACCGAUAGAGUCGUUACACAGGGCACGUUGCAGGAACGUCAUCUACUCGAUAUUGGACCCGAAUCCAUCUCGUAGAAUUACGGCGUCACAAGUUCUCAAGUCCGAAUGGGGUCGUGAGAUAAAACUUUGCAAGGCCGGAGAGGAGGGCCUUUAACAACACUCCGUCAGGCGGGCCCGUAGUUGAUGUUCUAGACCCACCUCGGGAACUCGCAAGGGCAUCACGUCACCGUCUGGCGGGAUUGCGCGCAUGAUUUCGUAUGGAGAUUUAGGGCUAUUCAUUUCUCAUAGGAAUGAGAAAAGAAACGUUUACCCUUAAAUUUUCGAGCGAACGAUGCUAGGAUCGUCAUCUUGACCUAGCACAGCGACGACAGUCACCUACUUACAUACUACAACAACCCCCCCCCCCCCCCCCCCCAAAAAAAAGCCUCUCGUUUGUUUGUACUGAUGGUAAGAGAGGCAAGAGAUGGGGGGAAGGAUAAGAAGAAUAGGAAGGAUAGGAGCAGCUGAAAGAUGGGAAUGAUUUGGAUGGAUGAAUGGAUGGAUGGACGGAUGGGAUGGGAUGGGUGGGCGGCAGAGAUCUCAGGUAAUGACAUCAUGCCUCGUUUCGCGUUUGGCCAGCAUAGGAGUUUGGAGCACUCAUGCAUGCAUUUUCAGUUCGGGCCAAGGGCUCGCCGUAACUGAUUUAACUGCCCUUUUCGACCCUCGUUUUUGUUUUUACUUACCGCAUUGUGUGUGCGUCUUUUCUUCGGACCAGACCACCGCAAGUUUUCAUGGGCGGAUGGAGGGGCCUCUUUCGCUUUCUCAAGUAUAGCAUUGUACUGGAACCGGGACUUUGACUGGUGGCCUCCUCUUUUUUUUACAUCACAUACCAUUUCUUCCGUUGCACACAAAUCAUCUGUGCUGCUUUUGUCCUGCUUGCGUGCUAGCGCGUAAUACUUGUCAGUCGGUCCAUUUCCCACUGACCCAUAGACGCGAAAGAAAGAGUCAGGGGUAGACACGAUGGGAGACAUGGAUUUUCAAAGUCAUCUAGAUGUUCUGUGUUUUUGGCGAUUAUAGAUUCCAAGAGAUCACACCGUGAGGGGAUCGAUGGCAAAGGUACAGGAAGUGGCAGAUCAAUCAAAGACAAGAACGAGUCAAUAAUUAGGGAUUGGGAGUCGGGCUGGACAGGUUCAAGGCCCAAGUCUCGGAGAGAAGAAGACAAAAAAAACCACAUGGACAUGACGAAGGCUAGAGAAAAAUACAUGGCAUUUAGGGCAAGUGAACCAAAAACAUCAUCAAUAACAUCACUGGUUACAGUCCAAGAAGGAC